AUGUCAGAUGUCUACUUGGCUAGCAACAUCCUCCUCUUUCCCGAUGAAAUCUUACAUGAAAUCCUGCUGAGAUCGACCAGCAAAUCCGUAGUGAGAUGCAGCGCAGUAUGCAAAUCAUGGAACUCUCUCGUCAACUCCUUCAUUCGCCACACUCGCUUCCCAUCCAAUCACCACGACGACGACAACGACGUUCAGCUCCUUUUCCUGCAGGUUUACGAACCCUACAAGAUCCACGUCAAAAGAAGAGUGCAUUACGUGUUGCAUCGAGAUGACUCUGCAUGUGAUGAGCAUACCAAGCUUAUGAGCCCGUUCGUAGCUUACAACAACACCCGCACUUGCCCAGAGGAAAAAAAAGGUUUUAGAUGGGGAUGUGGAUGUGGUUGGAACUUGUAA